GACACUUGUACGAUCUUGCGGUCAUAUGACCACUGGCGUACAUAAACAUUGUCGCUGUUGACAUGGUGUAGAGGAGCGUUAUCAUGACCCCUGCGCUGCUGCUGCUGUCUUUGGCCUUCACGGCCGCCCGAGCGAAUGAUUUUAAAAUCCCGCCGCACGAGGAGGUGGCGCGGAUGGCGCGGUUUGUGGUGAACCGGUGCGACUGGGCUUCGAUGGCGACCAUCUCCACACACGAGCCGGUGAAAGGACAGCCGUUCUCGAACGCGUUCUCCAUCAGCGACGGAGCCCCCGGUAACGGCACAGGCACCCCCUACAUGUACCUGACACACAUGGAGAUCUCCGUGCAGGACCUGCAGGUGAAUCCUCAGGCCUCCAUGUCUGUGUCUCUAGCUCAGACUCCCUUCUGUAAGCACAAGGGUUAUGACCCACAGAGCCCCCUGUGUGCCCACAUCAUCCUCUCUGGCUCUGUACAGGAGGUGAAUGGCACGGAAGCUGAAAUAGCAAAGAUGGCGCUGUUUAGCAGACAUCCUGAGAUGAUUGAUUGGCCAGUAGAUCACAACUGGUUCUUUGCUAAAAUGAACAUCACCCAGGUUUGGGUGCUGGACUACUUCGGUGGUGUGAAGGUGGUCUCUCCUGAUGACUACUAUAAAGCCACCCCAUAUGCCCACUGAUGUCAUGCAGUAAAUGUGAUUAAGAAGACUCUGAGAGAUCAAGAGAAUUUUUUUAGGAAAUGGCUGACCUUAAGGGCACAGUAAUAGCCCAUGAGUGCAGUUGCUUCAUUUUGUGUUUGAUUCUGUGAGACUUUGCAAGAACUCUUUCAUAUCAUCUUCAUAUAAUUUUCAAAUUAUAUUUUAAAAUCUAUGCUUUGUAUGUAAUGUAAAGCUAUAUUUUUAAAUAAUUCAGUCAUUACUUAAAAACAGGCCUGUGUAGUUUAGUUGUUUAGUCCUGACGUAGAUCAGUUUUCUCUUGGAUAAUAUGAUCCAUGAUCAGUUUUUGCACUUUGCACAUGGGAUUCUUCUUCUUCUCUUUUCUCUUCUUCUUCUUCUUCUUCUUCUUCUUCUUCUUCUUCUUCUUCUCUUAGCUAGUCUUUACAUUAGAUUAGCAAUUCUCAUUCCUUUAGGCCUUAAUUUCUGGCAACCAAAGGAAAGAAAAUCUUUCAAGAUUGCUGUUUUUCUUACAGAUGCUAACAUCUAUUUUUAUUAAAAACAAGAAUGGGAGGGGCAAAAAAUAAAAAAAACAAAAUGAAAGUGUUUGCCAAAAUCUGGGACAAAGCAUGUGCAUUGAAAUAAAGUGUGUUUGAAAUAA